UUAGAGGCAGGCACUGAAAAAGCAAAAUUCGAGGACUAGCUACUUUAUCUUCUUCUCAGAGAAAAAAGCAAAAGCUUUAUAAAUUCUUAAAAACUUGGUCAGUCACUCUUUGUCUCUCACACAACACAACAUUCAUAAAAGUAAAUGCCUUUUUUCUCAAUUUCUUUUUAUCUUUUAUGGCCAUGGCUGAUUGUUCUCAAUUGUGGAAUCUGUUCUUUCUCAAUUAGUAUAAUUAGCAUUGCGUGGUCCCUGUACUUUUGUCUGCUUCCUCAUCUGAUCAACGCUUAAUUUAUGGUCUUUGGAUUCUAUCCAAGUGUGAUAUUAUAUAUUGUGGUUAUUAACUCUUCCUCGAAAACCCUUUGUUGCUCUUUUGUUUGUUUCAGAAAUCGAACUCUUCUUUUGUUGCUCCAAGUUUCUUUUUUUUCCAAUCUGGGCAUAUCAAUGGGAACGAAAAGGUUGUAACUUUGUUAAGACAAAAAGAGGGAAAGUUUGGAAUUUGAUGAUCGGGUGUUUUAAAGACCCAACAUAUGUUUUGAUGAGGGUUUUGCUGUGUAAGAUCCAGUGCCCUUCUUUCAUCUGUUUCUGUAAGCCUUCUCCUCAUAUCUACUCAUCUGGUUCUCUCAAAUUGGCGAACACCCCUCCUCAAGUGUCUUCUUCGACUACGGUUGUUGAUGAUCAUGAUGAUGAUGAUGAUGCUCAUGUAGAAGAAGAAGAAGAAGUUGUUGUUGAUCAUGUUGAUGGUUUGCUGACUGAGGUUGUUAGAGAAGAAGAUUGUGCUCUAAAGGAAAAAAAGGAAGAAGAGGAAAGAAGUCUUAGUAAUGGGAAAAUCUUGAAAAGCAGUCUCAAAAAGGAGGUUUUAGAUUCAGCAGAUGGUGGGAGAAAGGAGCAGAAGAAGGUACAGUGGGUGGAUUUGAUGGGUAAAGAACUUGCUGAGAUCCGAGAAUUCGAGUCUAGUGAAGAAGAUGAUGUCAGAUAUGAUGGCGAUCAAAGCUGUGUUUGUGUUAUUCUGUGAUCAAUGCGGCUUAGUUUUACCCGAAGAUAUGGCAAUGGUGCAAGGUGAAGAAGCUUGCUUGAGGAUUGCCUCUGUUCAGCUUGUGGCUUUGGAUUUAGAAUCCAUCUACAUUGAGGUACAUAUAGAAGAAUCUACAUUUGCUCACCUGAGGUUAUAUGACGAUUGUCGAUUCAGUGUUUACGGUUUUAGAAUUGUUAAAAGGAUUGCUUUAUAUUACACUUGUUACUUUAACCAGUUAAUGAAGUUCUUUCUUAUUCAGA